GCGGGACGUUGCCCCUUUAAAGGCUCCGGGACGCUGUCGCCAUCUUCCGCGGGCCUUGUGCGAGGUGCCGGGAGCAGUCGCCUCAGCCCCGCUGCCUUGCUCGCCUAUCGCCCUCGUCAGCACUUCGCUCUCGUUGAAGCGAGCGCGAGUAGUCCGACAACCGUGUCGUGUUUGUUUCGUAUGAUUUCGAGUGUGAUUUAAAGAGAAAUCCUCCUCCCUCGGGACCACGGCCUGACCGGCCUGCCCCAGCCCCGAUCCCGCCGGCUUAGGCGCAUCGUUUCCGGCGGCGUGGCUAGGAAAGGCGUAGGCGUCGAUGAAGGGGGUCAGCCUUAGGCAGGCCAUCCUCCAGGCCUGGAGGGAACGCUGGCCUGACUAUCAGUGGGCCAUCAACCUCAAGAAGCUCUUUCCCAGGACCACUUCCUGGGAUGUGCAGGGCUUGGCAGAUCAUCUUUUGGAGCAGGCUAUGGUUGGCCCAGCUCCGAAUGCGCUUAUUUUCUCAUAUCUAAAGUAUGCCAUCAACUCACAGAUGGUGUCAUAUUCAAGCAUUCUUCUUGCCAUCACAAAGUUUGAAGACACUUCCAAGGAGCUCUGCAUGAAGACCCUGCUGGAUCUCAUUAACAACAUUUGCCCAAAAUUGAGCUGUCAUGGAAAGGCAGAGGAGUGCAUGGGUCUGUGCCGUGCCCUGCUCAGCUGCCUACUGUGGCUGCUGCAGUGUCUGUCGCACUGCUUGGAGAGGCUCAGAGCCAACGCCGCCAACUCUGCCAAUCCCGGUGGGGCCGGCUCGAGCGCCGGCGUCGACAAUCUGCUGGGCCCCAUCGCCGGGGCACUGGAGAAGCUGCUGGGCACCACAAAGAACCGUGCCCUUCUGCACAUCGCACGUCUAGAGGAGCAGAGCAUCUGGUCGGUGGUGGAGCAGACCGCGUGGAAGGUUCCCGAGUGCUUGAUUGGCGUCAACAUCCAGGAUGAAGUCCGUACCCACCUGGAGGACAGCAUCCUCAUCAUAAAAGGAAUUCCUUCGCUGUUGACCAUACACGAAGAGCAUUCCUACAAAACAGAAUACCCCACGGUCCACGCUCUGGUCACACUAGAGGGAACCAUGAACCUCACUGCUGACGGCCAACCGCUCAUGGAGCACUUACUGCUUGUCAAGAAGAUGCAGCGGAUACCCAUGCAGUACCUUUUGCUGGAGGUGUGGAAGGCCUGCAUGGUGGGGCUCAUAGAGGCUCAGGAGGGAAUCGAGGAGCUAAAGUGGACGGCAUUCACCUUCCUCAAGAUUCCACAAGUGCUGCUUAAAUUAAAGAAAUGCUAUAAUGGAGAAAAGGACUUUUGCGAGGAACUCAACCUUGCCUUUGAGCAUUUGGUGAAACUAACCCCACUGCUGGACAAAGCAGACCACAGAUGCAACUGUGACUGCCUGCAGCUGAUACUGCAAGAGUGCAACAAACUGGAACUCCUUUCUGACAUUCACAUGAAGAAAUUGAUUGGAGUCAGAACUACAGAUCGCGAACAAGUACCUCAGUCCAAAUCUCCGGAGAACUCCAACGUGCAGCCCAACCCAGGACUCAUCCUCCGAGCUGAGCCCACCGUCACCAACAUCCUUAAAACCAUGGACGCAGACCACUCCAAGUCUCCUGAAGGCUUGCUGGGAGUGCUGGGUCACAUGCUGUCAGGCAAGAGCCUAGACCUGCUGCUGGCCGCAGCUGCUGCCACUGGCAAGCUCAAGUCAUUUGCGCGCAAGUUUAUCAAGCUGCAUAGGCUGAACGAGUUUGCCAAGCACAUGAGUGGAGAAGGAACCAAGGCCUCUCAGGUCCGAGCGUUACUCUUCGACAUCUCGUUCCUGAUGCUGUGCCACGUUACUCAGAUCUAUGGCUCAGAGGUGAUCACGUCAGACCCAUCGGCGGGAGGUGAGCUAACUUUCUUCGAGUCGUGGAUGCAGCUGUGCAUGCCAGAAGAAGGCAAGAGCCUGAACCCAGAGCAUGGGCUCCGCAUUGAUCCUAGCAAAGUGGAGGCACUCAUCAAUCACCUCAACUCUUCAGGCGAGAUGAAGCUAGUGCAAGUGAAGUGGCACGAGGUGUGUGCCAGCCUGCCGGGGGUUGUGAAUGAGGUCCUGAAUGCCUGGGAGCAUGGACUGCUCACCAUGGAGAAUGUCCAGAAAAUCACUGACAACCUGAAGGGUAAAAUGUGCAGCAUGGCCGUGUGCUCGGUGGCGUGGCUCGUGACUCACAUCCGGCUCCUGGGGCUGGAGGAGCGGGAGAAGCCACUGCAGCUCAUCCAGCUGCUUGUAUCGCCCAUCCAGGGAGAGAGCACCCUGCAAUUCUAUUCGGAGAGGGUGAUCAUCAUGAGCUCCAUCCUGGAGAGGAUGUGCGCCGACGUGCUGCAGCAGACCGGCAUGACGGUGCGCUUCCCCGGCGGGGCCCCCAGCGAAGGAUCUCCGGCACCGGUGACGCGGGAGCUGCUGCCCGGGGCGCGGCCCGUUCGCGAGCUGCUCUCGUCCACGUUCUCGGCCUCCAUGGCGCGAGGGCUGCUGCACACGCGCGCCCUGCAUGCGCUGGAGGCCAGCCUGCACAUGGGCGGCCUGCACUGGUUCACCAACAACCUCGUCAAGGAGCUGCUGCAGGAGACUCGCAAGGAGAGUGCGGAGACAGCGGUUGAGCUCCUGUACAGCAUCUUCUCACUGGACAUGCACCAGCUAACGCUCUCGCUCCUUGGCCAUGUCCUGCCACCCCUGCUCACCAGCCCCGCCAAGUGGCCAUUACUCACCGACCCACCAGGCCGGGCUCUUGCCAGGCUGGCAGUCUGGUGUGCCAUAACCUCAUACUCCGUGUACAACCGCAGUCAGACGUCUGCUCGCUACAGAAAGAGACCCCGGGAGGACAUCGAGGAUUAUGUCAGCCUCUUCCCGUUGGAUGACACUCAGCCGUCCAAACUCCUGAGGCUGCUGAGCUCGAAUGAGGAAGACCCCAGCAUUUUGUCCAGCCCAGGUGACCGAUCCAUGAGUAGUUCUCUCUCAGCUGCUCAGCUCCACAACAUCAACAUGAAGGAGCCUCUGAACCGUGUGCUGGCGAACCUAUUUCUGCUCUUUUCGUGGAGCCUCACAUCCAAGGUGGCUGGACCUCAGACUCAGUUUGUGCAGUGGUUCGUGGAAGAAUGUGUGCAGUGCGAGCAGGGCAGUUGUACCAGCAUCCUCCACUUCAUGCCUUUCACCAUGGUCUCGGAGCUCAUGAAGCUACCUGGCAUGAACAAUCCCAAGCUCAUCUUGGCCAUCACGGACCUCAGCUUGCCACUGGGCCGACGAGUUGCUGCCAAGGGGGUGGCAGCUGUGACUCUAGCCCUGUGACGGCAAGCGCAAGGAUUGUCUUGCAGAUCAUGGUAGUGACAAGUGUGAAAAUUGUUAAUUCGUGAUUGUCCAUUGGAAGAUUAAGUGCUUGCAAAAAAAUAUUUAUGCCGGCCGGUUCAUUUGGCUGUUCCUCACUUGUUGAGGGUCAGUGCCUCAGUAUCCACAUGUCCACAAACACAUGGCAAUUCACAUGGUUUGCAUUUCCCCUAUUUUUACCAGACCACUUCUUCCUCCUCCACUUAGCACGGAUAAAAGCGAGUUUACGAUACAGUUUUUGUAUACGACGAAAAACAUGUGUAGCAAUGUUUAUUUUAUUUACAAUUGUAUCAAAAGUACAUUGAGCUCACUGGUAAAAUGUUUUCAGGCAUAGAAAAGGCGAUUACAAGUUACUCUUAAUGGUCACCAUGACACUUGUGUAUCGAGUAAUGUGCUGCGAAAAAAAAUACUCCUUGGCAAUAAUGUAAUAGAUGCUGUGUCCACAGAUGCCUAUUUAUUAUUAUUGUUGGUGACAUUGCGUGUUACAAAUGUAAUGUAUAUAUGUAAAGAACAAGUAACUUUUGUAAGGUUAGGUUUAUUUGUAUUCAGAAUGUGCGCGUGUUUUCAUUGCCAUUAUUUACAAAUGAUAUAAUUAAAUAGUGAAAAGGGCCUGUAAUUUCCAAUGAAUAAAACUAUUAACAUUCUACAGAAUUGGUAUGCAUUGCAGAGGGUGACGAAUACCAAGGUGUUUGUGUACAAGGUAUCACUCGUAUAUUACUGGUAUAUAUCCCAAGACUGGCAUUGCAUCUUUGCUGUGCGGCAAUGUGCAGUCAGGUGUCUUAAAACAGUGGAAUGUGUACUCUGUCCAGACACACUCCCUCUCAGUGAUGGUCAUCUUCCUUUAUCCAGGAACAACGUUUUCAGCUUAUUUGGAUA